UUACUAGUCAUUGAUGUUGUCACUUUACUGCGUAUUUUAUUGAACUUUAAUAAAGUCUUGCCAUCAGAUAACCCAUAUUAACCAAAGAGAGGGUGCCUAUACAGAACUGCAUAUCACUUUAAGCCUUUGACAUGCAUCUAAUGGAAGUGCUCAUACUGAAAAGCUGAAAUACCAGCAUACAUUGUAUCAGAGCUCAGCUAAAAUACAAAUGAUGCCAACCAACUGAUGCAUGUGUUUUCACUGGUCAUAUAUUUGAAUACAGACCACAGGAUUAAUGAAACUUGGAAUUUUAAAUCCACAUGAAGACAACUAGGCAACAAGAAGUUGAUAUUGAUACUCUGCACCUGAUAUGCUAAAGCAUAAGGCUGUCAUUUACUUUGUCUCAACCAUGUGCUAAAGAACUGUGGUGAUGGUUUAGUCUAUAUGUCUGAGACAAUUAGCUUGUUUAGUAAAGGAUAUAGAUAAUUACAUCAAUGGAUACACACAAGGAGGGAACUCAAAGCCAUCACAGAAAGUCGUGCACAGUGGACAGUCUACCAGACAAGUGCCUGCUCUAUGUGUUUUCGUACAUUCAUCAAAGAGAUCUCGGCAAAAUCGCGCGCACCUGCAAAAAAUGGCGUCUCCUCGCCUACAACCAACAACUUUGGCAAGUGGUUUCAUUUCGUCCGGAGUACAACGGACUUCACGUGAACAGUUUCGAAAACUUAAUUGCCCUCAUAAACGUACGAUUCGCACCGUCGCUACGCUACAUCGAGCUGCCGUGUGAGCUUGUGACGCCACCAAUUCUGCACGAGCUUUCGAACAAGUGUCCCGCACUGAGGUACAUGACGUUGGACUUCUCGAAUGCCAUGCAGCUACACGAUUUUAACGACCUGAACUCGUUCCCGUGCAACCUGAAGAGUCUCUGUAUUUGUCUGUCGGAAGUGAUCUUCCUCGAAGGCUUCAUGCGACGCAUCUACAGCUGUCUGUCGUCCCUCCAAGUUCUGCAUCUGAUAGGUACGUUUGAGCAGACGAGCGAGGGGGAGGAGGACGUAUACGAGGUCGUGAACAUCGGCAAGAUCAAGGCGCACACACCGAACCUGCGCGUCGUUAACCUGUACGGCAUCACGUUCAUCGACGACUCGCACAUCGAGCUGCUCACGUCCAACUGCAUCCACCUCGAGUGCCUCGCGCUCAACUUCUGCCUGCGCGUUAAGGGCGCCUCGUUCAAGAAUCUCAUCAUGCGCUGCAAGAAGCUGAAGACGCUCCUGCUGCAGCAUACCGGUGUCGAGGACGUGUACAUGAAGAGCGUUGCGUGGGAGACGUCACAGGUUCACGAGGUCGACCUGACGUCAACAGAGCUGUCCGCGGAGUGCCUGGAGCACGUGCUACUGCGGAUACCCUUCUUCACGUACCUCGCUCUCGGGCACUGCGAAUUCUUCACAGAUAAGAUACUAGGUGAGAUGGUCGCAGCGGGGAAGUUCCGGCAGCUUAAGGCCAUCGACCUCAGUUCCACUUCCGGUUUGAGCGAGAACGCCAUCUACCAGUUUCUGCAGACGCACGGCUCCGGCCUCCAUGGCCUCGUGUUGUCAGGGAAACCGAAACUCACAGAGAGCUUCUGGCUGAACGUUAUAGCGUUCCUGAAAAAUAUCAGGAUCUGUGUGCUGGGUACCGCCAACGGCUGGUUCCUGAAGCUCACCACGAAGGUUCACAUCGACCAGGUGAUCGAGGCGUUCGCGCAGAACUGCCCGUACAUGAGCCGCCUCGAGAUCCAGUGGGACCCGGAUACCAUCCGCUUUAGCGACAAGAGCAGCAAGUUCAUAGACCAUAUCAGAUUACGGUGCCCGUUUCUCAAGUCGUUCACCCUGUCGGACGGCGAGUAUUACGAGAUGGUCAAGUCCAACUUCGAGCGCGCUGACCGGGUCAAGGUGAUCCGUACAACGACCUUCUACCAGACCAGCAUCAUCAGCCUGGUCUCCUGCUUCAACGACCUGCUCUUCAACUAACAUUAUUUCUAACACUUUUUUAAAUGUCGAUAUACAUUAGGUGGUCGUGGUAAAUGCCCUCAAUGCCCGUGCAUAAAGUAAUCGUACAGGCUGAUCCGUUACGACUCUUUUCGCUUUAACUUUUUCUGUGUGUAUUUCUUCAUUUAAGCAUAAAUUCACUUAAGUGCUGUCUUGGAACAGCUGAUCCCAGAGGGCACGUUGCGCGCGUGCAUUUAGUCCCUAUUUCCAACAAUAUGUCUCAUAGUAUGUAUUUAUAAGCCCCCUCCCCCAUUUGCAGCAACCGUGUGAACUGUGCGCAGUAUACAUGAACAUAAUACAUUUAUGUUGCAUAAAAAGGACUCUAUAAAUGCGUUAUAAACGUGUUCUGUUACCGAAUCACUGCAUUGAGCAUAUAUAAGAUCAGCAAUUGGUUCCUAAUAAGUACCUAUGGAAAGUAUCUCCUAGUUUUGUUGCGAAAAACGUCUAUACGUGCACGUAUUGGGGCCCGUUCUUCAAUAUUUACGACAUUGACCUUUGGCCAUUUUUGGUGUAUUUCUACGAAUAUUUUAUACUUCGAAGAUAUCUUUAAGCAUUUGCGUCAAAUGUGUAGCUACGUUUCCAUGCGUCUAAUGCGUUAAACAGUAAGUCACGAGGUAUUCAUGUACAUUGUUUAAAUGGAGCUGAUGAAGUUGAUAGGUAAUUGUUGUGCGUUGUGGCGAUGCAUUUGGGUGCUUAGUAUGGACUGGAUGGUGUUAAAUUUGAUGUUCCCAAACCCGUGUUGAAUUGUUAUAGCGUAUGGGUAGAUGAGCCGCACCAUGCAUCAUGGGUAUUCUGUAAUAUGCGACCAGCGAAGCUCUAGAAUAGCCUGUGCAAUCGCGCACAGUCAAGCCUGGAACGUAGCUAACCCGUUGGGUUAUGACACCACGAAACCUUGCGCGACUUAAUAGUGAGGUGGUUUGCUGGCCACAUAUGGCAUAAGGCAUAUUUUCGCAUGACGCGGAUGAAAUAAUCUGAGUUGUAAUAGUACCGACAGGAAAAUAUGAAUUUUUAAAAUUGGUUUAGUACACAGUUUUGUUUCAAUCGAAUAAAUGAGUAUCAUUUUAACCCAUUUAUGCCUAGCAUCUAGAAAAGAAGGCCUUGGCAAACAGCGUAGACCCAGAUGAGACGCCGCAUGAUGCGGCGUCUCAUCAGGGUCUGCGCUGUUUGCUUAAAGAAAUUUCUGUUAGAAGUAUUCUAAAUAUAGAAAAAAGUAUUAUAGAAAUCCCUAAUUUUGGAAAUAAAUUGAUCCAAUUAAGAAGGAUGGGAGAGUACACAAGGCAUAAAUGGGUAAAGGUUUUCGCGAAAUUAAUUUCAAAUAUGCACGUGUCUUUCAGUAUUGAAGUGUAUAUAAAAAUCUACGAAACUACAAGUACCCAUAUAUAGAAAUUAUGUAGUGUAAGCCACGAGAUAGUGUUUUUGAUUUGUUCUUAAUAUUUGAUAAUAGAUCUAUUAUUUUAUGAAAAAUGUUUAUAGAUUGGACUGUUUUUCGAAUAAAAAUACACGAUAUGUUGA